GGUUCGCAGUGUGGCCCGCACUCCGUGGGUUCCGCUUCCGCAAUCGAGUGAGGGAAGAGAAAUCCGCAUCAAUCGUCGCUCACGAUUAGGGAUUUGUGAUCCUGUUCUCGUCGUCUCGGUGGAAGGGGUUUGGUUUGCUGCUGAGGAUGGCGAUGAAGGCGUCGUUGAGCUUUGCGCCACCGUCGUCGUCGUCUUGUGCUUUCGGGGCUCCUUCGCGUCGGGCUCUCGUCUUGAGCCGAACGCUCGGGACCUCGUUCUUUAACGGAGGAGUGGGAGCCCUUAAAGCCACAGGAAUACAUACGUUGAGAAUCAAGCGUUUAAAAUGUAGCCGACAUGGUGGAGGUGCUCUUGGUGCUCAAAUGAAUUUAUUUGAUCGGUUAGCUAGGGUAGUCAAGUCAUAUGCAAAUGCACUCUUGAGUACUAUGGAAGAUCCAGAAAAGAUCCUAGAGCAAGCUGUUCUCGAAAUGACUGAUGAUUUAACAAAGAUGCGCCAGGCCACAGCACAGGUUCUAGCAUCUCAGAAACGGCUGGAGAACAAAUAUAAAGCUGCUCAGCUGGCAUCUGAUGAGUGGUACAGAAAGGCUCAGCUUGCUCUUGCAAAAGGAGAUGAGGACCUUGCACGUGAGGCUCUUAAGAGGCGAAAAUCUUAUGCUGACAAUGCAAGCUCUUUAAAAGCUCAGCUUGAUCAACAGAAGGGUGUAGUUGACAAUCUUGUUUCGAAUACUAAGCUUUUGGAGAGCAAGAUACAGGAGGCCAGGUCAAAGAAAGACACCCUAAAAGCUCGUGCACAAUCAGCAAAGACUGCAACAAAGGUCAGUGAGAUGUUGGGAAAUGUGAACACAAGCAGUGCUCUUUCAGCAUUUGAAAAGAUGGAGGAAAAAGUUAUGGCUAUGGAAUCCCAAGCAGAGGCCCUUAAUCAGUUAACAACAGAUGAUCUAGAAGGGAAGUUUGCAUUACUUGAGAGUUCAUCAGUGGAUGAUGAUCUUGCAAAGUUAAAGAGAGAGUUGUCAGCGAGCUCACCGAAGGGAGAGCUUCCUGCUGGUCGAACUGCAGUUAGCAGCUCAAAUGCCUCUUCAGCCUUUCGCGACAUGGAUAUCGAAAAAGAGCUCAACGAACUAAGAAGAAAGGCCAAAGAGUAUUAGGCUUAUCUUUGUAUCUUGUGGAAACUCUGCACGUUUGAUUGAAAUAGAGAUAUUUAGAUUAAUCAUUAUAAUGCUUUCUGUCAUGCAUCACAGAGCUUAUGAUUGCAAUCGAUCUCAGUGGUCAGAUUUUUCCCGCUUUCGUGUAUUGAGGGUGUAUGAGUAGCAACAUAUAGAUGCAAAUCUUAUAGGAACCCUUUUUUAUUAUUAUCAAUGAUACUGUAUAUAUUUUUGGUCCUA